CCGGACGUGACAUAGCCGCUCAUCUCCCCCUCCUCCUCCUCCUCCUCCUCCUCCCGUCCUCCGCUCAGAUUCCUACAAAUAUCUGCAGGUACAGGAAAGAUCGAGUCGUGCUCGUGCGGCCGGGGGAACAUGUGGCUGAUCGUGCUGGCCGGGUUAGUCCACUGCGCCUCGUCUUAUGAUGUGGACCUGAAGAAAGUGGAGGGACUGGCCAGAGCCAGGGUGGAGACAUGUGGCGGAUGACAGCUGAACAGGCUCAGAGAGGUCAAAGCCUUUGUGACCCAGGACAUUCCUCUUUACCACAACCUGGUGAUGAAGCACAUUCCUGGGGCCGAUCCUGAGCUUGUCCUCCUGAACCACUACUAUGAAGAGCUGGAUCGCAUCGCAUUGUCUGAAAUGACCCGCUCCGAAAUCAAUGAGCUGCUGGAGAAACUGGGUUUCUACAAGAAAGCUCAGCCAGAAGAUGAGGUACCGGAGGAGUUCCGCUUCUCUCCUGCCAAAGACAGCCCAUUCCACGACGAGCCAUCCAGCGACGCCACAGAGAAAGCCUCCUCAGAAGCCAAGCACACCGACCUAUAACCUGCAUGAAGGAACCGAGCCGCGCUCCCUGUAGCUGCUCCAUGACCAGCUGGCUGAUGACUGACGUCUUUGUUUCAGAAUCAGACCAACAGAUCAUGGAUCGGCCUUUCGGGGCGACGCCAAAAUCUUUCAGCUGGAAGCCUUUCACAGGGCCACAGUCUGAAUUUGCACAAUCCCAUGCCAACUGUUCCUUUGUUUGCAGCGUUACAACACAAAAGGCUACUCUGAGCGCUUUCCUACUCUCCGCACAAGGACUGGAAGAGUGUUUCCAUUAAGAGUUUUGUUUUGUCCAUCACGUGUCGGCGGCCUUCAGAGCGUUCUUGUACGAGCCGUCUGGUGUGUCUGCUUGUUUCCCGCCUGCCGUGAAACUGAAUGAAGCCUCGGGCUGAAAGUCUCCCGGCUGGUCUGAGGCUGAUGCUGCAAGUUCCGGCGGGUCGGACAGAUACACACGAGAGGGGUCAAAUGUCAACGCUGUGAGGGGAAGAAAAUAUUAAAAUACU